AUGAAAUUUAUUUUAAUAUUAGUCUUCACAUUCAUCCUGAAUGCCUUAAUGCUUAGAGGUGUUGAAGAAAAAAUUACAGAGCAAGUGAUUUAGGUAAUUGGAUGAUAUUAUGUAAGUCAAUAAGAGAAUAAGUAAAGAAUCCAUAAGCUUAACAUUACCAUUCUGCUUAUGAUAGAUUAGCAUAUUAUGUUGAUACAUUUGGUCCUAGAUUAUGGGGAUCAGAGAAUAUGGCAGAUGCUGUAGACGCACUCUAUAAAGAUAUAGAGACUAUGGGAUUUGAUAAAAUUUGGAAAGAGAAUCUAGGAGAGAUUACAUCUUGGAAGAGAGGAGAAGAAAGUGUUACAUUAUUUGAUCCAAGAUAAUUUCCUUAGAAAUUGAAUAUGAUUGGAUUAGGAUGGACUCCUGCUGGUACUGUAAAGGCAGAAGUGGAAGUUGUUCAUUCAUUUGAGGAAUUGAAAGAGAAGGAUGUGACAGGAAAGAUUGUAUGUUACAAUUUUGAAUGGAAUGGAUAUGAUUCUGGUGUGGCAUACAGAUAUUCAGGACCUGUAUUAGCAGAAAAAGCAGGAGCAAUUGGUACAAUGAUUAGAAGUGUGGCUAGUGUUUCAAUUGCAUCACCACAUACAGUAUUUAUUUUGUUAAAAUUUCAAGGGAAUGACGGCUUAUUAAAAUAUUAAAUAUCCAGCAGUUGCAAUUACUGUUGAGGAUGCAGAUAUGAUAGACAGAAUGAGAUAAAGAGGUUAAAAAGUUGUAGUGGAAAUCAAGACAGAAGGUUAAUAAUAUAAAACAACAAGUGACAAUGUUUUAGCUGAAAUUAAGGGAUGGAAAUAUCCAGAUGAGAUAUUGUUAAUGGGUGGACAUUGGGAUUCAUGGGAUGUUGGAUCAUAAACAGGAGCUAAUGAUGAUGGUGGUGGUGUUAUUGUCUGUUUAGAAGCAUUAAGAGUCUUAAAUUCAUUAGGAAUUAGACCAAGAAGAACUAUAAGAUUUAUUGCUUGGAGUGGUGAAGAAAUGGGUUAGGAUAAUAAUGGAGCACAACAUUAUGCUAUUAAUCAUGGCAAAGAAAAUCAUAUUAUUGUAUUUGAAUCUGAUCUAGGAUCAACAAAACCAUAUGGAUUUGGAAUCACAGCUGGAUAGUAAUUUACGUAAUUUUUAUUUAUUAUUAUAAUUCUUAGUCAAUUGGUAACAUAUUUGGCUUAAGAAUAUUUAACUGGUAUUGGAGCUGAACGCAUAUACCCAAAUGAAGGAGAAUCUGUAGAUAGUGGAAUUUUGGCAGAUUCUACUGGAACUUCUAUGUUAAAUAAUAAAAUUGCUGAUAAUUAAAAUCAUGAUUUCUAUUUCACUUAUCAUCAUACUGCUGGCGAUUCUAUGUGGAUGAUGAAUCCAGAAGAUAUGGAUGAUAAUGUUGUUGCUAUUGCUAGUAUCAUGUAUUUAAUUGCUGAUUAUGAUGGACCUAUUCCAAAAGAUUGA